GCGCAUGCGCAGUGCGCCCUAGCUUAAUGCUAAUGCUUGCACACACUGGUUUGCAGCGGCCCCAGAUAGCAACAAAAUAAACCCGCAAAUAACUUUAACUGCGAAUUUGCACUUUAAUAUGAACUGCAAAUUUAAUUCAUUGUACGCUAUGGUGGGCGGUUAAACUUGCUUUAUGCGGUUAGCGUGCGGCUACGGAGCGAAAGAGGGAAGAUUAUUUUGGCGCUCGGUCCGACUUGUGCUAGUUUGGCUAAUGUUUCUAACUCUUCAUAAAGUUAGCAUGUAAAACUUGUGAUAAUAUGUGGAAUAUCAAGCGAUGAAAAACAGCCAUCCCUACUGACCACGAGCUAAUCGAUUGCCUCAGACGCAGCUCUCACAUCUGAAAACCCUUUUUACAUUAAGAGAAUGACUGUUUGCUUUAGGCUGGGGAAUGAACCAGGAACCCUGGUGGCUGGAUCUGGGAAUCAAAUGGUCUGAAGAAGCCAUGGGAAGCUGUUUUAGCUGUCCAGAUAAAGAAUCAAUCCCUGACAAUCACCAGAGCAAAUUUAAGGUCAGCGUUUUCCACAUCAGAUUGUGAUGAUGUCGAGUGUGUUUAGUUCAUGUCGAGAUCUGCUCUGAUGAUGUUUGCAGGUGGUGAAUGUGGAUGAUGAUGGGAAUGAGCUGGGGGCAGGAAUCAUGGAGCUGACGGAGGACGAGCUGGUCCUUCGCACACGCAAAUGUGAUGCUGUCAAGUGGCCUUACCUGUGUCUGCGACGCUACGGCUACGACUCCAAUCUCUUCUCGUUUGAGAGCGGCCGUCGCUGCCAGACCGGUCAAGGAUGAGCGAGUAUUUGCAUGCUUGAUCGGGGAUAUUUGCCUUCAAGUGUUCACGAGCUGAAGAGAUCUUCAACAUGCUGCAGGACAUCAUGCAUAACAACAGCAUCAGCGUGGUGGAGGAGCCGGUGUUCGAGCCCACGCUCACUCAAGCUGAACCAGAUCUUCCCCUCACUCCACACACACCAACCACUCCUGGCAGCAUGCUCCCUGCUCUCCCGAACGGCAGCUUACGGUACCCAUCUCUGGGCGACGCUCCCUCUCACCCCUCCAGCCGGCAUCCGUCUGUCGGGAGCUCGUGUCUGCCUUCACUGGGCGAGGAGUCCACACACCCUCUGUUAGCUGCAGAGGAGGCUGUACGGGGUCACACAUACGUGAACACCAGCGGUCUGCUGGAUCAGCACAGCCCCAGUAUUUCAGAUGCUCCGGCAGAACUGAACGCCUCCUCGCCCGACGGAGAGGAACCCGUCCCUCAGGAGGCUCCGGACCCGGGCCCUCGAGUGCAGAUAGAGCCAGAAGGUGUGCGCUUCAUCCUGGGCCCGACGCCAGUGCAGAGACAGCGGCAAAAAGAAGCAACCCAGAGCACAGGAGAUGAAGAAGCAACAAACGGCAGCAUCGUUUCACAGCCUAAAAACACAGACACCGCCGAAAUCACUAAACUCGACGAACCCUCUCCUGAAGUCUCCGCACUCUCCCGCCGUCGCUCGCGCCCUCCGCCUCUCACUCCAGAUGCUAAUGCUAAUAACUCUGCUCAGCGGAGAACCGCUUUGCUAGACUAUGAAAAUCUCCCCGCUCUCCCGCCAUUAAGGGAACACCCGAAAGGCGGCUCCGAGGAUGAGGAUCAGCCAAUAAAUGGCUUCCACAACCACCGGCAGUACAGUCCCGACCCUACUCACUACUACAUCAACACCGAAAACGUCACUGCGCCGCUUAGCGCUAAUAAAGUGGAGUCGGCCCGCUGGCGGGACCGAUCCACGCCAACGUUUUUCAACUUCGACUUCCGCCGGCCAUGCCUGGAGUCACACAAACUGAACUACAUCGAGGUGGAGACCGAAACGGAGAACUCCAGCAACCCUCAGACCCCAAAAACGCCCACUUCUCCACUGCCGCAGACGCCCACCCGCCGGACGGAGCUUUACGCGGUCAUCGACGUGGAGCGAACGGCUGCCAUGUCCAGCCUGCAGAAAGCACUGCCCCGUUACGACGGCACCUCCAGAAAAACGCGCCACAACAGUGUUGAUCUGCCCAUGUGAGACACUCCCAAUUACGUUCAUACAAUUCAGAUUUCAUUGGUCGUAACAUUCAUGUAGUCGGGGGGGGAUUGGGAAGAGUGAGACGUCGAGAGAAUUUUACCCGCUCGCCCAUAUACCUUCAUUUUUAUUCCUAUGGUAAUAUACUACUACUUUUCUUACACUCGUUUUUUCAGUGCCUGUUUAUUAUGUUAAUAACAAUGGUUGGACGACAUUCCCGCGGGUCCAUUCCGUAUACGGUACAAAUCAGUAUUACUGAUCAUAUGUUUUUGUUUUUCUUUAUUUACCCUUUAUUGAGUUGACUAAGUUGUUUUUUUUUUUAAAUCUGUAUCUAAAGAUAACUUCACACACUACGUUUUGAUUUUGUUUGUUUUGUUUUUUGGCUUCGUAUAGUAGAUUUCAAUACUUGGCACAAUAAAAGUCUAUUUUGUUUGA